AACACUGAGAGUCUGAGACCAUGACCGACCGGCUACCUUUCCUUCACGCUGGCCCGACACCCGCGCGGCAGCCCUUUGUUGCUACCCGAACCCACCACGAUAAAAGCUCUCUCCCACAGCCACUACUUUUAUCCUCGCACUGCUUUCCUUUUCUUGUACACCUGUGUCAGUCAUCAAUGUUGGCGGCUACCUCCUUCUCUCUUUCUCUGUCGAUUCCUCCUUCCGAAACCCUAAAGCCAGCGCUGCCGCAAGCCCAAAGCUCUAGACUAGGGUUUCUGUCCUCAUUCUCGUCCGCCAAGGCCUUGUGGCCUCUAAAAGCUCGAGUUUUGCAGAGCAGAGGAGGAGGUGGAACUCUCAGAGUACGCAUGGUCGCCGUCCCUGCGCUGACGCCUCAGACGAUGCACGAUUUCAACACCUUUGUGUUCAAGAAGGAGAGGGUCACUCUUGCUGGUAACGACGAGUAUAUUGUGAAAGGAGGAAGAGAUUUGUUCCAUUUGCUGCCGGAUGCGUUCAAGGGGAUUAAGCAGAUUGGAGUUAUCGGUUGGGGGUCUCAGGGUCCUGCUCAAGCUCAGAAUUUAAGAGAUUCACUUGCAGAAGUAAAAUCUGACAUUGUGGUUAAGAUUGGACUUAGAAAAGGUUCCCGUUCUUUUGAUGAAGCCCGUGCUUCUGGAUUUACUGAAGAGAAUGGGACACUGGGUGAUAUUUGGGAAACUAUUUCAAGCAGUGAUCUUGUGUUGCUGUUGAUUUCUGAUGCAGCACAGGCAGAUAAUUAUGAGAAAAUUUUCUCGCAUAUGAAGCCAAAUAGCAUACUUGGGCUUUCCCAUGGUUUUCUUCUUGGGCAUUUGCAGUCACUGGGCCUUGAUUUCCCUAGGAACAUUAGUGUGAUUGCUGUGUGUCCCAAGGGGAUGGGUCCAUCUGUGAGGAGGCUUUAUGUUCAAGGGAAGGACAUAAAUGGUGCAGGAAUCAAUUCCAGCUUUGCUGUCCACCAGGAUGUUGAUGGUAGAGCCACAGAUGUUGCCCUUGGAUGGUCAGUUGCCCUUGGUUCUCCUUUCACAUUUGCCACUACCCUGGAGCAGGAGUACAAAAGUGACAUCUUUGGAGAGCGGGGCGUUCUACUUGGUGCUGUUCAUGGAGUUGUGGAGUCUUUGUUUAGAAGGUACACAGAGAAUGGAAUGAAUGAAGAUCUGGCGUACAAGAAUACUGUUGAGUGCAUAACAGGAAACAUAUCAAAGACAAUUUCAACUAAGGGCAUGCUGGCAGUAUAUAACGCUUUGACAGAAGAUGGAAAAAGGGAAUUUGAGGCUGCAUAUAGUGCCUCAUAUUACCCUUGUAUGGAUAUCUUAUACGAGUGCUAUGAGGACGUAGCAACCGGGAGUGAGAUCCGCAGUGUUGUGUUAGCUGGGCGUCGCUUUUAUGAAAAGGAGGGACUUCCAGCUUUCCCAAUGGGUAUUAUUGAUCAGACACGAAUGUGGAAAGUUGGUGAAAGAGUCCGAUCAGUAAGGCCAGUUGGUGACUUAGGCCCCUUGUAUCCUUUCACUGCUGGUGUCUUUGUGGCUUUAAUGAUGGCCCAGAUUGAAAUUUUGAGGAAGAAAGGCCACUCGUACUCGGAGAUCAUCAAUGAAAGUGUGAUCGAGUCUGUGGAUUCGUUGAAUCCAUUCAUGCAUGCUCGUGGAGUUGCAUUCAUGGUUGAUAAUUGUUCCACAACAGCAAGAUUAGGAUCAAGGAAGUGGGCCCCACGUUUUGACUACGUUCUAACUCAGCAGGCCCUGGUUGCAAUCGACAAUGGUGCUCCCAUCAAUCAAAACCUCAUCAGCAGCUUCCUGUCAGAUCCUGUUCAUGGUGCCAUUGAAGUCUGUGCCCAACUGAGACCCACUGUUGACAUCUCUGUGCCUGCAAAUGCAGAUUUUGUCCGCCCAGAGCUGCGUCAGUCUAGCAACUAAGCCUGAGCUGCUUUAGCUUAAUCCUCGAUAAAGUAGAAUCCUGUCAAAGAGGAACAUUUGCAGCAGAAUCUUUGUUGAAUCUAGUGAGGGUCCAUGGAGUGUUUUUCUAUAUGUAGUUAUAGAAUCGCUCUGUAUGUUUGUUAUUUGUUGAGCAAAGUUGGGACUUGAUGCUUUUGCUGUGUUAAAAAGAAGACUUGUUGUUUACUGGUGGUUGCUAGAAAGUUUGUUUGAGUGAAAAAAACUUGCUGGUUACGGAGUUUUUGACAUUUUGUGUUUCAUCCAUUGCUGGUUGCUCGACUCUGCCUUAUUUGGCUGGGAAUAGAUGGUAUCUGUUUCUUUUUUUGCUUUA